UUUCGACGGCUGUACAUGGUCGUUUUCGCCUUUUCAAGGACGUAGUUUUCACAGAUAGACGGAAACUAAAGCUUUGAUUGAAUCUUACAAUAUAAAUAAAUUAUUAUUUACUAUUAUAUAUUCAAAUUAUCGUCGAAAUUCUCUCAUUGUCGUCGGUCGGACCACGAUACGGAGAAACCCUUGAGGCUUGACUUCGGACUCUUCAGUGACAUGGAACUGAAAAGAGUCACAGACAUGGCGGAGUCUUUUUGGAGAUGCUGAUCAUCCGAUGGCUGACACGAAAUGCCAAAGAACAAACCUACUAAAACCUUUGCAUGUGACAUUUGUGACUUCAAAGUCAGCAAUCGUUACAUUUUUAAGCGCCAUUUGCACAGAUGUCUUUCUAUUCAUGGCAUAGCUUCGAAGUCUUCAACAUCUCGCAACCCUAUGAGGUUGAAAGGAACAGAAGGACUGCUCACUAAGGAUGCAUCAGGUCAAAAUGACUCAUUAAAAGAAGACGGAGAAGGUGAAAAGCUGGAGGAUGAGGAUGUAGCCUCUGUUUCAAGACUUGAUCGAAAUGGAAAAGAAGAGGAGAAAACUGAAGGUCUUGAAGGAAGUAUUGAUGAGGUUUCCCUCAUCUCUGAAACUGAAAAAUAUGGCAACACUGUAUCGGACACGAGCCACACAGAAGUCAAUGAUUCAGAGGUUAAAACUGAGGUGCAGUCCGAUAGCCAUCCCUAUGAUCUGAAAGAAAAAACAAACUGCCCUGAACAGAACAAUGAAGAGAUUUCUAUCACACGGACAGAGGGAACUUCAGUACCCAUGGAGACUUCAAGAGUCCUGACCUCGAGUACACCAGUAGCACCCUACAGCAGAAAAUACAAGUGUGAUGAAUGCCCAUUUGAAUGUCGGAGCUCUCGUGAAUACCUGUACCAUUUGCGAGAUGUCCAUGGCAACAGGAGACCCAUUUAUGAGUGUGGCCGUUGUGACUAUGCCUCCCGUUUCAAUAACAAGGUGGAGAGACACAUGUCUGUGCACAAGAAAAAGCUAAUGGGUUUACCUCAGAUGGAGUGGAAGACAAAGAGGAGCGAGAGACUUCAAAACCAGCUUCAGACGGGCACAAAUUUGGAAGGGGAUGAAGUAGGUGAAGGAGAGGAAAGCAACCUGCGUGUGAAGCCUCUAAAAUUGCUGCGGUUGAAUAAGAAGACGCCGUCCCUCUUCCAGGUCUCUGAUAAGAGUGAGGGUCAAACUGCAAGGAAAUCCAAAGAAGUGUUCAAGCUGAUACUAUCUGAGAAUGGGAGUCAAUUUUAUCAGUGUAGGGACUGCUUGUACUUCUCUCCUCAUUCUCACAAUGUGAAGAAGCACCAUGCUGUCUGUCAUAACAAGAUGCUUACCUGUCCCCACUGUUCCCUGUUUGCCACAACAGGGCAGGCUGCUUACUAUGAACAUCUGCUUACCCAUCAAAACCGAGGCUACACCAAAUGUCCUGAUUGCUCUUAUGUCACCAAUGCAAAAUCCAAUUAUGAGAAACAUCGGUCUUUCCAUGAGCGGGAAUUUCCAUUCAAGUGCACGGAAUGCAGCUUUGGCUCCGAUUCAGAGAGCAAAAUAAAACGUCACAUGGCAACUCAGCAUCGCAAUCCCUCUGCAGUUAAUGAUUGUAUUUCUGUGGCACGCAAGGAUCUGACAGAGGAUUUGGAGACUGCAGAAGAGGGUGUGGAUAUUUCUUGGGAAGAUAUGGAUUUAGCAGAUGAGGAUAUGAGUGGCAGUUUGCCAGAGACAGAUGUGGACAGUCUUAUGCAGCAGAAUGAAGAGCAACUUGGUGCAAAGUCAGAUAAACACAAGCAUUUUGAAGUGGAGUACAGAUGUCCUAGAUGCCCUAUGGUUUGUUAUCGUCGUGCUAACUUCACAAGACAUCUCACUGCAAAACACAAGUUUAAUCAUCUGAAUGCUGCUGCCUUGAGCAAAUCACUGGAGCGGCCUACUUCUCGUGGGGUGAAAAGAAAACUUCCAACAUACCCAAGCACCCACAUGAAGCAGAGACGACUACUGCUUCAGUCUAUUGGUGGAGAAAGCCUGAAGUGUUCUCAUUGUUCUUACUCUGCAAAGUGGCCAAGUGACCUGCGGCGUCACAUGCAGGUGCAUACCAUUGUGAAGAGGUUUAAAUGCUCUCUCUGUCCCAAUAAGUACAAAUACUAUGGAGACCUCAAUGUGCACAUGAGGCGGGACCACAACGCCGAGCCGCCUGCCAAUGUCUCUAGGGAGGUCACAAGGAAUGAGGAUGUUGUCAAAAAAGCCUCCCCGGCUGCCUUCCGGUGCCCGAUUUGCUCCUUCUGUACUCAGUCUAAGGCUGAGUUGGAGCAGCACUCUCGCACUCACGGUGACAUGGAAAAGACGUAUCAGUGCCGCUUGUGUAAUUACCAAACAUACUGGCGAGGUGAUGUAGGUCGUCAUCUUUAUCGGCACCAUAGUGUGGUGCUCAGCAAGGAAGCCUCAGAAAUGACAGAGUAUUUUAUUUACCGCCCGCACAUCAGACCCAUUACUAAGCAGCCUCAUCUUGCUGGAUCGACAGCGUCCUUGGAACAGGAAGGAGCCAUAGAGGGUAUAGGUACAUCUUCAUCCGGUGUUGUCCCACUGGUAGUAGGGGAAGAGGAUUCAAGUGCCAGUAUUAGCCAGCGACCCGCGACCAGUGUAGUGUGUCUCAAGGAGGGCUCUUUUGUUUGCGAGUACCCCAGUUGUGACUUCAAGACGUCCACAUCAGACAGGAUGGAGGCUCAUUUAGCUGUCCAUUUGAAUCUCAAGCAAUUCAUGUGCCCCGUCUGUGGCAAACGGACAAACUGGAAGUGGGAUGUGGUCAAACACUUGAGCAAGGUCCACUCGAAAGCCUAUGCAUCUGUUGAUGAAGUGAUUACUUUACCCAUUGAAGAAGCUAAAGCCACCAUUGAUGAGUAUUUAAACACUAUGGAAAGGAAGCAGAAAGAAAUGUCUGUGAACCUGUGCUCUUUGUGUGAUUUCCGCUCCCAUGAAAGAAAUCGUGUGGUCAGACAUUUGGGUACUGAUCACAAGAAAGAGAGUGGCAAAGUGAUUACACACAUUAUCUCUAGCCCAGAGGAAUAUGAGGCAAGUGUAAAUGCCGAGAGGGAGAGAAAUCUGUCGCGAGAGAAGAAAGUUCCUAAUGAGAAAAUGUUGGGGGAAAAUCUGAAAUAUGUCAAAGUUGAGGAAGUCCAGAAAGUAACCAAAUUUGAGGAACCACCUUUAGAAGAGCUGGCAAGAUAUGACCACCCUUAUGCCUGUGCCAUCUGCAAGAAGCCUGGGCUCAAUAAAGGGGAUGUGAAAAAACAUUAUAACUAUGCGCAUCCUUACAAAGAGGUAAGAGUGCUAUAUAUACCUACUGGUACUGAAUUCAACUAUGACACAGGGGAGGUCUAUCAGAAGUCAUCAAAGCGUGACCUUGGUGAUAGCAUGCUUGACUUAGACCUUCAGGGCUCCCCGAGUAAGAUGAUCAGGCCUGAUUCAAAGUUUAGCAAUCCCAAAAUGCAUGGAUAUGUGAAACCUUUUAAGUGCUCAAUAUGUGGCUUGCGUUCCAAUUGGAAGUGGGACCUGAAAAAGCAUCUGAGGUCCAAGCAUCCGAACAAGGGAGGCUUUGUUAUCAUGCUCUCCAUAGAGGAGGCCCAGGAAACAUACGGCACUGAAUGCACCCUCAGUCACCCCAAACAAGAGGAUUUUUUGUCUGCCACUCGGGCCUCCUCUGGCCAGACCUCUCCAGUGUCCUCUUUAUCAUCACACAGUGAAAUGCUCAAACCAGUUUUUGAUAGUGGAAUGGUCACAGGUCAAGAGGACUAUUUGUCCAAUGCACUAAGGGGUCGGGAUAAGGUCACCAAUGUGGACCCUAAUCGUCGUCAGUGGAAGUGCUCUGGCUGUGACUACAUCUCAAACUGGCGCCGCAAUAUGGCCAGACACAUUCACAGAAAGCACUUGGAGCAGAAGGACUCCAUCAGGGUGAUUCCCCUGCAUCCACCUUCAAGGCAGAGCAGAGAGGCCCAAGGUGGGCAAAAUCUCAUGGACAAGUUCCUGCAGCAAGGCCUGCCGACCAUGGUGAAGAUGGAGACGCAUCCCAUGGACAUCAAUCUUCUGAAGGAACGCAAAUCUAGCUUGGCUCAGCCAGACAACCGCAUCUGGCGGUGUCCAGAGUGCCCCUUUGUCUCACAGCUGCGCACACACAUUAUAGUGCAUAUGCAAAAACACGAAAUGAAACCUUUCAAAUGCGGUGUUUGCCAUCUCCCUUUCAUGAAUCGGGGUCCUCUCCACAGGCAUAUUCAGAAGUUGCAUCGCCGGUCAGACUAUGUGAAACUGAGCAAACUCAAUAUCAAGUAUGAUGAUAAUGCUGAAAUUAAAGUGACAGAGAAAGGGGCUUUGGUGAGUUCGUUUCUGUGCCGCCUGUGUAAUCAUGAGUCUUGUGACCGGUCUAACAUUGCCAACCAUCUGUUGGAGGUUCAUAGCUCCCAAGACCCCGAAAAUAUUUUGAAAGUGGAAAAAAACCUUUAUACUCCCAUGAAACCAAACCUUGAGUUUAAGAGCUUGCCUCGGCCUGAUCCACAGAAAGCUGGAAAUCGCAAAUUCCAUUUCUGCCCUCUGUGUCCUUACAGAAGUCAGAAAAAAUCAAUGCUGGCAUUUCACAUGACUUAUCACCGUCCUUCAGCAGUGAACCGAUACAAGUGCAAGUACUGCAAUUACUAUGUGAGCACUGUUCGCCUGUUGCACCAGCACCAAAGGAAGUGGCACAGUGACCCAGCAGCUGCCACCCCUGAGCAAGAGCAGCAUCUGCCUGAGUCUCCUUUGAGGAACUGGGCAGUUGGCACUGAAGGCACACCUGAGAAACAGACAGGAAGUGGGUCUGCACGACGCCAUUGCUGUGAAAAGUGUCCAUACACAACCAACAGCAAGAACGAUUUUAUUUAUCACAAGCAGUUUCAUCGGCCAAAACGAACAGCUGAAUUUAAGUGUGAGCACUGUGACUACUGGGUGGUUCACAAGAGGCUUCUCAAACAGCACAUGCGUCUGCACACUGGAGCCACGAGCCCUACUGCAGGGGCACUUUCUCCAGAGCUGUCACCAGCAAAAUCUCUUUACUCAGAUCCCGGCCUUGUGUAUGAUCCGGUGGAACUGUCUGAGCUGGCAGCGGUGAAACAGAAAAUGAUCAGCGACAAGAUCACAGCCAGCCUGUCAGAGCAACCCACAAUAAGCCCCAUGAAGCUGGCCACGCGCUGCUCAACCGACGAUAAGCCUGGCUAUGUUCUCAAGAACGGCAUGUACCGCAAGCUGCACCGAUGUCGUUUCUGCCCAUACACCAAUGUGCGUGCUCGCAAUAUGGGUCUUCACGAAAUGAUGCAUGGGCCAAGGAAGAGCCCACAUCCGCUUUUAAAGUGCCCAUACUGUGACUAUUAUGUUGGCUCUAAGGGACUCCUUUCUCACCACAUGAAGGUUCACCAGAAGUCCUAUGGUGAGCGGCCUGAUGGUGAUGGUGACAUGCAAGACUUCCCUGAAGCAAAUGAAGACCACGAUGAUUUGGAACAGGACAUAGCGCCCCAGCAAAAAGUGGACACACUGCUUCAGAUCUCUCGGUUUAAGAAGUUUGGCUGUGAGAAGUGCCCGUAUGCCAGUGGAAAGAGAGCCCAUUUUGAGCGCCAUUUGGAGCUGCAUGGUUCCCGUCAGCGGUACACCUGUCAGUUCUGUGAUUACAGUGUGCCAUCAAACAACCUUUUGCUACAGCACACCAAACUCCAUCUGAUGCCCAACCAAAACCUGUUGCUGUCGCAGUCUAUCAACAACCUUCAGCAGCUAAGUGAUGUGCCAGCGGACGUAGCACUGGCCUCUGCCUUACCACCGGCCGACGCUCACAGUCCGGUGACUAUAAGCGUAGUCCACGACCAUCUUGGCCUGUAUGAGAAUGGUAUUAUGGAUGCAGAACCGAAGAAACUGUACAGGUGUGACCGCUGCCCGUAUGCCAACAUACGUCGGGACUACCUGCUGUCCCACCUCAAAUUUCACAUGGUGUCUAGCUCUUUGGUGUGUCCUUAUUGUGACUACAGUGCCCCCAAGCAGGCACUUCUCACGCAGCACAUCCGAGUCCACUUUUGCCCGCUGCCUGAACUGUCUGAUUGGUUGUUGGAAACGGGUCUGGGAGAAACCCAUGCUGGGGCCCAGUCUCUGGAUCUGCUGGAGGCUCUGAAGGUUGCACAUGAGUAUCAGAACCAGUCUAAAAAGAAAGACAAGAGUAAGAAUGGGUCUGCUUUGGCUGUUGACAAAUCAGGAAACAAAGAGGAGAGAACUGAGGGCAAGGAAAAUGUCCAGGGCUCUGAUACAGUCCCUCUGAUGUUCAUCUGCCAGUAUUGUGAACGAGAAUUUGCCAGCUCGGAGAAAUUGGUGAAUCAUGAACUGCAGCACUUAGUGGGGAACCACUUUGAGGCAUCUCUGAAAGCGGUUACAGAGCAGCAACUACAGCAGCAGCAACGAAAGCUUCAGCAGCAAGUGGUCAAAGGAAGUAGCAGCGAGGCCUCCGCCGGUCAAAAGAAAGGCCAACAAGCUGCAGGGAGCAGUCAGAGCAGUGGUAACAGCGGCCGCAGCAGUCUGAAGGGGAGCAGUAAAAGUGGGGGGAAUGAGGAGGGGGUUAAGGAUUUGGCGGGUGCAGUCCUGGGUGCGAGUGGUGGCGCAGGAGACAGUGUAAGUAUUGCAGGUCAAGGGAAAGCCUUCUCUCAUCCCGACCUGGGACAAGAACCCAAGGGUCUCGGCAAGGAGUCCAUUCUUUCGGGAGCAGCUGAAAAAACAGCCCUCAAGACAUCUGAUAGGACCAACGGAACUGGCGAGACUGACGAAGGACGCCAUCUGAGCGAUUCGGUGGUAAAUUUGAGUGAAUUGGACAAGGCGAUAAGUAGUAGCGACAUGAAUCAUGAGACAGAGAGAGCAGCCAAGGAAGUGUCUCAGGACAACAGCCCCAGCGAGAGAGGAAAGGAAUUAAAUGCUGCUGUUAAAGAGCUCGGAUCCUUGAAGGCUAAUGGUAAAGAUGUGGGAGGAAGGUUGGAGGCAGAGGGGAUAGGUAUAGCCUCCGAGACAGAUAAGACAGUAAGUGUAAAGGAACCAGUAGAGGAAAAAGAGGAACAAAAACGUGAUGACAGUACUCUUAUCUCCCAGCAGGAGAAGGAAGAGACGUCUGGAAGACCUGGCUUGGAUCAAGGGGGAAAGCAGGGAACUGAAGAGACCUUUCUUAUAGCGGAGACGGAAGAGAAGAAAGACUAGUUUCAGGGAGGUCCUAGGUAGACAGCAGAUGAGUCUUGCAAGCAUGGAUGGCUAGGUCAAUGGGAAAGAAGAUAUUUCCAAGGAAUUAUGUUGGGUUUUUUUUGUAUUUCGCUGUAGAUUGCUUUUUUUUUCAUGUUGUUAUUGUAUAAUAGUGGGUUACGGUAAAGCUGGACCAGUCAUUUUUAUCUACUAGAUCUAGUGCAUAUUAUCUGGGUUGGCCAUCAGGGUCACAGUUUCGUCUUACAGGGAGAGGCACCAGAAAGGCAGUGAUUGUGAUACAUGAUGACAUGGGAGGAGGGCUAAAAUUUAUUUUAUCUUAACUCACUCACUGCCAUGCCCGAACCCAGUCAGGUGAUCCGCGUAUACCGCUACCUGCCAAACCCGAAACCCGUCGGGUGCGUUUUUACUACUAUUUUUCAAACAUUCCCCGACAUGUUCCGGGCUUGGCAGUCGGAGAUAUGCGACAUAAGCCAGUUUAGUUUCAAUUCCGCAUUGUUGCAGUAACUUCCCUUGAAUAAGUGACUUUUUCGAACUCACCCGAAACAAACUUAGAAACUACUAACGCUCAGUUACGAUGGCGACGGCGUCUCAACGAGGUCUGAACAUUUGAAUUGAUGGAUCCAUUCGUCAAUAUAAAAGGGUCAAAUUUAGAUCUUUUUGCAGAUGAUGGCGAUGAUGAACAAUCAUACAGAGUUGAUAAUGUGUAUAGGAAAGGAAA